UUUCUCAAAACCCUCACUGGUACGGUAUGUGAGCUAGAGCUGUCUUCAAGAGAUACAGUCCAUGAUGUAAAAAUGGUUUUCGAAGGAUAUUCUGGAGUUUAUGCUGAUAACCAACGUAUGAUAUUUGCUGGGAAAAGAUUGGCCGAUGAUAGGUGCUUGUACGAGUAUGGUUGCACAAAUUCAGAUUCAACCAUUCAUGUCGUAUUGAGAUUG